GGGCACCGGUAUUGAUUCAACAGUGUGUGUUUCUCUCUGCAGAGCCAAGGAUCUCGUAGUAAGGACUCCAGUGUGUAAAGGACAGGUGAUGAAUGGAGACGUAUUCUCAAAGCAUAAGAGUUGUCUAUGUAGCAAAGGUGGAUGCAGGGGCGAAAUAGACAAAGCGUGUCGUAAUGUCAUGUUGUGAGAUAUGUGAUACCACUACAACGCCAGGACCGUACGUUGAUUGUCUUCAAGAAAGGAAAUGGUGGUGCUUUUUGUUGUCUAGUAUAUUCACUUUUCUCGCUGGGCUCUUGAUCGUAUUACUCUGGCGGGUUCUUGCGUUUCUAUUUUGCCGUAAAGAGCCUGACCUCUCUCCAAAUGAUCCGAAACAGAAAGAGCAGAAAGCCGCAAGGCAGGGAAAACAAGAGUUCGAGGGGACUUUCAUGACCGAGGCUAAAGACUGGGCAGGAGAACUGAUAUCCGGUCAAACGACAACAGGCAGAAUAUUGGUAGUGCUAGUGUUUAUACUAAGUAUAGCAUCGCUGAUAAUCUACUUCAUAGAUGCCUCAAGUGAAGAGGUAGAGAGGUGCCAAAAUUGGAGCAACAAUGUUACUCAGCAAAUAGAUUUAGCUUUCAAUAUAUUUUUUAUGGUCUACUUUUUUAUACGUUUUAUAGCAGCAAGUGAUAAAUUGUGGUUUAUGUUGGAGAUGUACUCGUUCGUUGACUAUUUUACGAUACCUCCGUCAUUUGUAUCAAUAUAUUUAGACAGAACAUGGAUAGGUCUGAGGUUCCUUCGAGCCUUAAGGCUAAUGACUGUUCCAGAUAUACUUCAGUACCUAAACAUCUUAAAAACAUCAAGCUCAAUUCGCCUCGCUCAGCUUGUUUCUAUUUUCAUAUCAGUGUGGCUUACAGCAGCAGGGAUUAUUCACUUGCUGGAAAAUUCUGGGGAUCCGAUGGACUUUGCAAAUCCUCAGCAACUUUCAUAUUGGACAUGUGUCUACUUCCUAAUAGUUACCAUGUCUACUGUAGGGUAUGGUGAUGUAUAUUGCCAGACAAUCCUCGGUAGAACUUUUUUAGUGUUCUUUCUACUUGUUGGUUUGGCAAUAUUUGCCAGUAGCAUCCCUGAGAUAAUAGAACUUGUAGGGACUCGCUCAAAAUACAGUGGUGAAUUCAAAAGGGAACAUGGAAAGAGGCAUAUUGUUGUAUGCGGGCAUAUAACAUAUGAAUCGGUAUCUCAUUUCCUUAAGGAUUUUUUACACGAAGAUAGAGAGGAUGUCGACGUCGAAGUCGUCUUCCUUCACAGAAAGGAACCUGAUUUGGAGCUUGAAGGCCUUCUAAAACGCCACUACACAACAGUGGAGUUUUUUCAGGGAACGAUGAUGAAUGCUGUAGACUUAGAACGUGUGAAGGUACAUGAAGCUGAUGCAUGCUUGGUCCUGGCUAAUAAAUACUGCCAAGACCCAGAUGCCGAAGAUGCUGCCAAUAUCAUGAGGGUAAUAUCGAUCAAGAAUUAUUCUGAUGACAUCCGGGUUAUAAUUCAGCUAAUGCAGUACCACAAUAAAGCCUAUUUGUUAAACAUCCCGUCGUGGGACUGGAAACAGGGUGAUGAUGUGAUAUGUUUGGCCGAGUUGAAACUCGGCUUCAUAGCUCAAAGCUGUCUUGCACCUGGCUUUUCUACAAUGAUGGCAAAUCUUUUUGCGAUGAGAUCUUUUAAAACUAAUGCACGAUGUGCUCAAGCAGUAGACAUGCAAGCUUGGCAGAAUGAUUAUCUGCGAGGGACAGGAAUGGAAAUGUACACAGAAUCAUUAAGUCCUACAUUCAUUGGGAUGCCAUUCGCACAGGCCACAGAGCUUUGCUUUACCAAACUUAAAUUGCUUCUCCUGGCAAUCGAAAUAAAAGGGGAAGACGGAAGCGAUAGCAAAAUAUCUAUAAAUCCACGCGGUGCAAAAAUAUCGGCAAACACUCAGGGAUUCUUUAUAGCGCAGUCCGCUGACGAAGUGAAGAGGGCGUGGUUUUACUGUAAAGCGUGUCACGAUGAUAUUAAAGAUGAAACACUAAUUAAGAAGUGUAAAUGCAAAAACUUGGCAACCUUCAGGAAGGGCGUGAGGGCGGUACAGAUGGUCGGCCGGGCAAGCGAGGACAUUUCAUAUACAAAUGACCACCAUCUUCCCCCUUCGUUCACAACACCAGAACUUCCAAAGAAAGUCCAGAUAAGAGGUGAAGCCGGGCGUGAAAGAGAAGAUUCAAUUACAAACAGAAAUCUUCGGAAUUCUACUCCAAUAAUGAAUUCAACGAAGCAAGUAAAUAAAGUCAAACCGACAGUCAAUAGAGCGUUGAAUGAUGCGACGAGUCCGAAUCAGCAGGGUUUCAACAGGCCUCAAGAGGAAUCAGCAUAUGCGGGCUACCAUCUCGCUUAUGAAGUCAAAAAGCUCAUGCCAACAAGCAGGUCAUCAGGAGGAAAUAACGUGAAUAACAACAGCGGAGUAGGUUUACAAGUGGGCAUUGCUGACGAUCAAGCGAAAGAUUUUGACUUUGAAAAAACCGAGAUGAAGUACGAUUCGACUGGAAUGUUUCACUGGAGUCCAGCUCGAAAUCUCGAAGACUGCAUUUUGGAUCGGAAUCAGGCGGCUAUGACAGUAUUGAAUGGACAUGUUGUCGUGUGCCUCUUCGCUGAUCCUGAUUCUCCACUUAUUGGGCUAAGGAAUCUCGUAAUGCCUUUGAGAGCUUCAAACUUUCACUACCAUGAACUGAAACAUGUAGUGAUUGUUGGUGCUGUCGACUACAUUAGAAGGGAAUGGAAAAUGCUUCAAAACCUUCCCAAAAUCUCUGUUCUAAAUGGUUCACCUUUGAGCAGAGCUGAUUUACGCGCUGUAAAUGUUAACUUAUGUGAUAUGUGUGUUAUAUUGUCUGCUAAAGUGCCUAGCAAUGAUGACCCUACACUUGCAGAUAAAGAAGCCAUCUUAGCUUCUUUAAAUAUUAAAGCUAUGACAUUUGAUGAUACAAUUGGUGUACUUAAUCAAGACGAGUCUGGGGUUGUAUCAACAAAUGAAAAUUUAAAUUCAGUUAGUGGUCCUAUAGUUCUACAAAGAAGAGGAUCAGUUUACGGAGCCAAUGUGCCUAUGAUUACAGAAUUAGUAAAUGAUAGCAAUGUUCAGUUCCUAGACCAGGAUGACGAUGAUGACCCGGAUACCGAGCUGUAUCUCACACAACCUUUCGCGUGUGGCACUGCAUUUGCAGUCAGUGUUUUAGAUUCUCUAAUGUCAACAACCUAUUUCAAUCAAAAUGCACUGACGUUGAUAAGAUCGUUGAUUACCGGCGGUGCCACACCAGAACUUGAAUUGAUUCUUGCUGAAGGAGCUGGAUUACGAGGUGGAUAUAGCACAUCGGACAGUUUAUCUAACAGGGAUAGAUGCCGUGUGGGGCAGAUAUCAUUGUACGACGGGCCUCUUGCUCAGUUCGGAGAGGCUGGAAAGUACGGUGAUUUAUUUGUAGCCGCAUUGAAAUCAUACGGGAUGCUCUGCAUUGGACUGUACAGAGAUAUUUUUAGGUUUCGAGAUACCAGUUCUUCUUGUGAUGCAUCGUCCAAGCGAUAUGUGAUAACCAACCCGCCUGAUGACUUUUCUUUGCUACCAACAGAUCAGGUGUUUGUACUUAUGCAGUUUGAUCCUGGAAUGGAAUACAAACCAAACAGGGGGCAAAAAGGAAAGGACGAUAAUUCCUGACUAUUGCUUUGUAGCGCCCUUACUGAUGGACCAUAUUCUUACAUAUAAAAAUGUCACACAGAGGUUACCAGAAAUCCCUGAUAUUAUAUUAAGUACAAUUAAAUCAAUUCUCAUAAAAUAUGUAAAUAAUUUUGAUGCUUCUUUUUUUUUUAAUUUUAGAAAUGUUUAGUUUAAUUUAAUUUAUUAUAGCUUGUAAAUCAAAUCAACAUGAAACACACCUAAGUUUUUUGUUUAUUCUUCCUACUUAGAUUAAGAUACAAGACAAAAGUUUCUUAGAAACUUCAUAUGAGUUUGUAACGAACCUAUACUAGCAAUUGAAAUUAUAUACUUCUGUGUGAAUAAUUAGAACUGUAAGUCUUCUGCACAUGGUUGAUUUUUCAGCAAAGCAUUUGUAAAUAGAAAAAAAAACAACAUAAAGGUGUGUCCAAAUAAUUAUCAUGCACUAAAGAUGAGAUUUCAGAACUUGAAAACAUGUCCUUUGAUUUUCAACGUUUCGUUUUUUGAAUCUAGCUUGCAAGCUUUUUAAUAUUAAGUUUAAAUUGGAUUCAGGGUUACCAACGUUUUGCGGCGAAAAUUAAUCCGCAGCAAAGACUACUUGCAUUUGAUCCUGAAAAGCCGUUUCUUUUAAAUUUUUAGAAAUUUCGUUUCAGUGUAAUUUCAGAAAGACAAAUGGUUUAAAACAUUCCUUUGAGACUUGAUUUUUUAUCCUUUAAGUAAUCAUUUAUAAAUUGCCUUGGUAACCCUCUUUAAAAAAAAAGUCAAUUUUUAUCUUUAGCUUAAGUUUAUUGUUAUUUUAAUUUAGUUUAUUUUGUGUUUUAUUUAUAAUUUUAAUUCAACUAAGUAAGUGUGUGUAAUCAUAGAAAAAACAUUGUUAAAAAAAAAAAUAUGUGCUGGGCUGUGGACCAAAUAGUUUUAUGUAAUUAGUUGCCCUCAUUAGUUUUAACUUUUGUCUUGCUUCUUAAUUAUCAACAAAAUGUUUUUCCUCUACUUACUACAAUGAUUAAUCUCAAUAUUUAUUAUCGCAAAAUUUAUGUAUAUAUUAAGUUUCAAAUUUGUAAUUUUUAGAAUUAUUUUUAUUUUAGUUUUUGGUUUUGUUUUUAAGCUGUUUACAUUUUUUUUAAUUUUUUUUUAAGGGAAUGAUGGAUAUUACAAUAUGUGUGAUGUUUUUGGUAAGUUUUGGGGGUGCUACAAAUACAAGAAAAAUAGCCAAUUAAAAAAACAAAACAAUGAAAAUAAAAGAUACAAACGGUAAUAAAAACAAAACAUCAACGAACUGUAUGUGAAUGCAUAGUGAUAAAAAUAAAUGAGUGUUCACAACAUGUACAUAAAAAAAACUAUCACUGUAUGAAAUAUUGGCAAUCAAAUCUUUCAUAUGGUGCAUAGUUAAUAUUGUAAUUAAACCAAUGAUUUUUACAUUGGAAAGUUUAUAGAAAUUAUAUAUAAAUAUAAUAUUUUAUAUUGUUUGUACAUACAUUGUCCUAUGUAAAUUGCGAACGUAGCUAUUGUUAUUACAUAGCAAAACUCCAUUGGUGUUAAAUUGUUGUUUUCAUGUGUAUAUUAGUGUUAAUCGAAGACAAAAAUUUUGCAGAGCAUUUUUUUUCUUCUUUUUUUUGCGUUCGUCAUCAUCCAAGUAUUUAUUUUCAUAAAAUCAUACAGAUUUUAACGUUAUAAUUUAAACAAAUUUGUAAAAAUGCCUUCACCAAUGGAACUGACACAAGCAUAAAUUUGCUAUAUAUCAAUGUUAAUGGCCUAAGUGUAUAAACACUUGUUCAUUUGUGUGCAUUGUGUUUCUCAUAAGAUAAAACUUGCCUUUUGCCAACAAUCAUGCAAAACAUUUUCAUAAAAUUGUAAAUAUUUAUUUGUUAAAAGUUCACUCAGCCUUGUAGAUUUUUGUGUGUUUUUAGCUCAAACAAAAUUAUUUGUAUAUAUGAGGCGAUUGUCAUUUUGUUAAUGGUGUAUAGCUAUCUUUAAUCUCUAAGCAAUGUUCAAUGUUUUGUGAUUUUUAAUAACGUUAAGAACUGACUGAUUCAUAUUUUAAAAGCGGUUAUAAAUGGUAUUUGAAAGUAUAUACAAGUUGUUUUUUCAAAUUGUUUUUAAAAUUGUCGUUUGGUUUUAGAAUGAAGCCCAAAUGAAUAAGUGACAAUCCAAAGUUGUAUAUUAAAGGUAGUUAUGCACUGACUGUUGCUGCUUUGAUUUCAAAUUUUGGGUAUAAAGCAGUCUCACUUGAAUUAUCCUACACAGCUCUGUUACAUCAAGAAAAUAUUUAUAUGAAUAAACACGCUUUAUUAUUUUAAACAGCAAUUUAAAAAAAAAAAUAAAAAUAAUUUUUUGGAAAUUAAACAUACGUGUAUAAUAAAAUUAUAUUUCGAUAAAUUUGCUGUUUCAGAGUACUGCUAGAAUUAUGGUUGUAUGGCGUGAGGAUGAUUAAGAAAAAACAAAACAGUAAUAGAAUGUGUGUAUGGUUGGUUUUACAAUAAAAAAGAGCAAAAACUAGAAAUACAAGAAGAUUGGAAAAAAAUACGUUUAUGUAGAGCAUUGCAGGUCAGGCUCUGCAUUUACAUCGAGCUUUAUAGAUUAAAUUUCAUAUGUUUCUAGGAAAAUGAAUAAAGUGCUAAUUGCUUGUGUCACAAAUUUGUCAAUCAUACUUGAAUUUACACUAUGUUUUUUAUUAAACAUUAGAAGAAAAAAUUAAAUAGUGUUACUAUUACAAUUUUAUAAAAAUUUCAAUAUAUAUCAAGCGGCACCUUAUUUAUUUCUGAAGUAAACGACUGCAUAAUGUUAAAAUUUAAAAUAUUAUUUAUAAUUUUAAUUUUUAAAAACUAACUUAAACUCUACCCCUUAUUGAAACCAAAUAAAAAUUAGUAAAAUUAUUUAACAUUUUAUACGGCAUUGUUAAUAAUACAUAUUAAAAAAAAAAAACAUUAUUUAAAAUAGCUUGUUACAUUAUCUAAGCUUUUUUUGAGACUAUUGUGCCAGUAGCUUUCAAAAUGUGGUUUUGUAUAAUAAUUUUCUACAAAUCGCAAUAAGUAGAUUUAAGGGUGUAUGGUUGGCAGGUUUGUAACCCUUUUUUAGAAAUGCAGCUCAGCCAAAUUAAUUAUUCUUUAUGACACAAUCAUUUUUGAUAAAAUCUCAAUUUUAUGGAGUAAUUACAAAAAAAAAAAAAAAAAAAAAAAAACGACAACAAAAAUCGCAUAAGUUUGUAAAUAUAUCUAUUACUUUUUCACCCACGAUUUGUUCACAAUCAAUACAUCAUAUAUAAACGUAAACUAUAUAUAUAUGUGUAUAUAUUAUACAUAAAUAUAUAUAAAGAGUGUAAAUAUAUUUUACACCUAAAUUACCUUUAUUAUAAUCACGUUAAAUAUUGUUUUAUAAAAUGUCUGAUAAAGCUCAUCAUGUUCUCUGCCAUUUGAUAAAAAUUGUUAAAGAAUAGUAAUGUAAUUAUAAUGAUUAUUAUCAUUAUUAUUCUUAUUCCAUUUAAAAUGUUUGUUGUUAAAGUUGGAGGAAUGGUCUAAAAUAUAUUUAUUUAAAAAAAAAUGAAUUUAAGGAAAAUAGAUUGUUGGCAUUGAAUAGUCUAAUUAUUAAUUUAAGUGUUAGCUGUUUUGUUAUAGCUAUAUCUGUUCAUUUGAAACAUUCUAAUUUUUAUAUUUUAAAAGGCUUGAAAAUAGUUUUCUCAAAAUGUCAAAUUUGGUUGUUUAGAAAAUGUGAUGUAACAUCAGAUUAUAGUUGAUAAAAUUAUAAAUUAUGACAUCACAAAAGAAAAAGUUAAUAAUAAUUUUAACAUAAUAAUUAUAUAUUCCUAUUACAUAAACUGAUAAACAGUAUUGACGGCUGUAUAAUUGAAAAAAAAAAAUCUCAAAAAUAUUUUCACACAAUUGUUUUGUAAUUUAAUCUCAAUUAUGCUGAAUCAAUUGUUUUAUUCACUAUUAUCCAUUCUGUAUUUAAUUGUAAAUGCAAUUCUAAAACUUUGUUUAUAACAUGAUGUAUUUAUAAACAAAAUUAUAGUUUUAUAAUCGAACAUAAAAACACAUUGUACCUGUUCAAUGCUUAGCAUAUAACAAAUUUCUCUAUACGUUUCUUAUAGUUUUAUAAGAUAAUUUCCACUUAUACAGUUUGUCUCAGAGAUGAAAUAUUGGCCUUUAUUCAAUGACGGUCUUCCCACCUUUGUUCAAAUAUUCGUGAAAUUUAUAAUAUAGACGAUUAAAAUAGGCCGCAAUUCAAGUUUGUCAAUCAUAUUGACUUUUCUGCCAACUUUAAGAAUGUCAUCAUUAAAUCGGACAUAUCAAAAGUUACAAAAAGUUUUAUUGUGAUGUGUGUGUUUUGUGUGUUAGUAAAAAUAUAUUUCUGUUAUAUCAAAAUGGACAGUUGAAACAUUA